AUGUACGCCAUUCGGUUGAUGCACCUUCUCCUGGCGACCCUCGGCUUCAUCGCCGUCGCUCAGGCUGUCCCGCCCAACGUCGAGGGACCCAACCAGAAUGCCGUGGUCAGGCGGCAGGAUACAGGCAACUCCCCCAGUGUAGCGCCCGAGGCAUCGACUCCCGUUGUACCCUCCGCCUCGCCGUCCACAGCAGCCCAGCAGACGACGACGAGCGCCGCCGAAACGACCACGACGCCUGCCGCCACGAGCUCCUCCCCUGCGACUACCGCCCCAAGCACAACUCCUGCUACUUCCACUCCGGCUACCUCCGCCAACGGAGGCGGCGCUGACACCACCUCCACACCCGCCCCCUCGGCCUCUCCCUCCAGCGGCCAGUCUGCCCCCACGUCCAGCGCCCAGGAUAACAACAACAACAAUGGCAACAACAACAACGACAACACCACGAACGGAAGCGACAACGAGACCACCACAGCUGCUGACGCUCAGACUACCGCCGAGCCUGUCACCUCGACCGUUAAGACCGUCUUUGUGACGACCAACGCCCAGGGUGAGACGACUUCCAUGACCUCCGAGAGCGUCGUGGUCAGCACCCCCGGCCUGUCCGAUAACGACAACAACGGCGGCAGCGGCGGCGGCAUGCCCACCAAGACUCGCAAUAUUGUCAUUGGCGUUGUUGUCGGUGUUGGUGGUGCCAUCAUUCUCGGUGCUCUGGCUUUCGUCGGCUUCCGUAUCCACAACCGCAAGAAGAGGCAGGAGGAGAAUGACGGCCUGAUGGACUACAACACUGCUGGCACCAGCGCUUUCAACAGCGAGCCCAAGUCUGAUGCCAUGUCUGGCACCACUGCCAACAACAAUAACCGUUCGCCCUUCCAGACCAACCUUGAGAGCUACCACCAACCGACGCAAGUGAAUGCUUCGUCCAACUUCUGA